AUUGCAGCUGAAUGAUCGAUUUACUUUUAGACCAAUUAAAGUAUUAAUUCUACGAUAUUAUUUUAUUAUUAUUUUCACUAUACAAUACCUGAUUAAGAGUAUAAAAAAUAUAUAGAGUAAUAGUAUGUAAUUUUUUUAAUUUGUAUACUUAAUAACUUACCUUGGUAUUCUGUAAAUUACGACUAAUAUAGUGCAAGAAAUUUAGUCAUUAUUAGACUUUACGAUUCCUGUAUUUCUACAUCUAUUGAGGCUCGCGAAUGAAAACUUUUUAGAGGCUCAUUUUAGAUUACUUGAUGUAAUUUAUUCAUAAAAUUAUCUCUAUUCAGUAAAUAAAGGCGUAGUGUGCGUAGUGGAUCAUCUAGUCGCCGCCUUAUUGUCGAUAUUCAGAUGCGCUGUUUGUUGUUGAUUUCCGGAUGGGUGACCAUAUGUAAACUUUAGCAAUAACACAAACCUUGCGCUCUUACUUAUUCCAUCAUAUAUAAUGAAGUUGCGUCAGGUCGACAACCAGGGCAAAAUUUUAUUAUAUCAUUAAGGCAAGUCGCGACUUCAAGUAAUCGGAUAGAGGUUAUGGUGAUGAUCUCUAUUGAGUAAAUACAAUUCUUGUUGUCAUUACUAUUUUAUUAUACAACUUAUAAAUUAUUUACUACAAAACAAUGAACAAAAUCGUGAUUAAAUUUUAAUUUUAAUCCAAAAGUAUUUGAUGAACAAGAACUUUCGUUAAAUACUAUGAAAGAUCAACUGAAACGUGGAUUGGAAGGAGAUAAACUUAAUAUAUUAGUUCUAACUUUUUUGUACGUACUACAAGGGGUUCUGUAUGGAGUAUCAAUAGCAAUAAGGAUAACACUCCAGGGUAUGAAGGUUCCAUAUCAUGAUCAGGCUAAAUACAGUAUGGUGUAUUGGCCCUAUAGUAUGAAGCUGUUAUUGGCUCCUUUGUUUGACGCAACACUUUCAAAAAGAAUCGGAAAACGAAAAAUGUGGAUUGUACCCGUUCAAACAUUAAUUGGUGUUAUUUUAAUAUGCAUUGGGUACAAAAUUCAAAGUUGGUUAACCGAUGGCCAAACUCCUCAAGUUAAUAUGAUAACAACCAUGUUUAUUUUAUUAAUCACGUUGUCAUCGAUUCAAGAAAUAGUAAUUGAUGGAUGGUCACUGCAUUUUUUACGAAAGGAAAAUGUGCCUUAUGCUGCUCUAUGUAAUAAUUGUGGUCGUGCUUUUGGCAUUAUUCUUGGUUAUGUAGUUUUACUAUUAUUAGAGUCGGAAAAUUUUUGUAACAGGUGGCUACGAUUUAAUGAUCAAAAUGGAGGAAUUUUAUCAUUUAAAGGUUAUUUUUACUUUUGGGGAAUCGUUUUCCUUUUUUCUGCCGCUACAAUAGGAAUUUUUAAACGUGAAAUAUUCGAUGGAAGCCUAAUUAAUGUACAUUUCUUGAAUAUUUACUACAUAGCUUGGAAAAUAAUACAAUUGGACACCAUCAAACGAUUCUGUUUAAUUAUUACGACGUAUGAAAUUGGAUUUGCUGCUAUAGAUGCAGUGUCAUAUCCAAAAUUUCUUGAAUAUGGUAUCGACAGAGAUAACAUUGUUUUAGUUGACUUAUCAAUGUAUCCAAUAGAAAUGUUUGUUAUUUAUUUUAUUGCCAAACAUACAAUUGGACCAAAACCAAUGAGUUUAUUUAUCAAAAUCAUGCCAUACCGGAUACUAACCGGAAUUUUUGCAGGUAUGCUAGUAUUUUAUACGCCAAAAUAUGUUUCAAAAAAUAAUAGUUCAUCGCCUUAUUUUUUUAUGGUAUUUGAGUUGUAUAAUAUUUUUCAAAAACUAUUGACAAUGAUAAUGCGAUUAUCAAUUCUGUCAUUUUUUUCUCGUGUAAGUGAUCCUUCUGCUGGCAGUACUUACAUGUCAAUACUAAACACUCUCUUUUCUUUGGAAAAUUCUAUUACAAAAACUAGUGCAUAUGCUUUAGUCGGAUUGUUAACAUUUAAACAUUGCACUAGAGAAUCAUAUAUAGAUGAUCAAGAUACAUCGGAAGACUGUUUAGUUAUUAUCGAUGGUUAUUAUAUUGAACUGGGUCUGUGCAUAGUUUUCAGCAUUUCAUGGCAUUUGUUAACAAAAAGAUUUAUAAUAAAUUUACAAGCUAGAAAUAUUGAGGAAUGGCAUGUCAACAAAGAAAAUCAAAUUUUUGAAAUUGAAAAAUGAAUUAAAAUUGUUUAUAAUCAA